UCUGGACCAAGAGGAACCAGAGUCUCUACAGAUUAAAGAGGAAGAGGAGAAGCGGUUUGAACUGAAGCAGGAGGCUGAUACCUUUAUGUUGACUCCUGAUAAUGAAGAAAGUCAUCACAUGGAACCAGAACCAGACACUGACCACCAGCUCCUCUCUGCUGUAGCUGAGAGUCAAGAUCAGAGAGUCCACAUGAGAAAUGUUACAGGUGAAAAGCCCCACAUGUGCAACAUUUGUAAUAAAUGUUUUGAGUUUAAAAGCAAUUUGGUGAUCCACAUAAGAACUCACACAGGUGAGAAACCCCAUGUUUGCCCCAUUUGUAAGAAAUGUUUUGCACAGAAAUCUACCUUGACGAACCAUGUGAGAACUCACACAGGUGAGAAACCCCAUGUUUGCCACAUUUGUAAGAAAUGUUUUGCAAUGAAAUCUACCUUGACAAACCACGUGAGAACUCACACAGGUGUGAGGCCAUUCUCUUGUGAAACAUGCGGUAAGUGUUUUCUGCAAAGUUCAGAUUUGACAAACCAUGUGAGAACUCACACAGGUGAGAAGCCAUAUUCUUGUGAAUUAUGCGGAACAUCUUUUCGUUCAAGUUCAUGUUUGAUCAAGCACAAACGAACUCACACAGGUGAGAAGCCCCAUGUUUGCCACAUUUGUAAGAAAUGUUUUACGUUUAAAAGUUACUUGAUGAACCACAUGAGAACUCACACAGGUGAGAAGCCCUAUGUUUGCCACAUUUGUAAGAAAUGCUUUACAUGUAGAGGUACCUUGGUGAACCACUUGAGAAUUCACACAGGUGAGAAGCCUUAUUCUUGUGAAACAUGCGGAAUGUCCUUUCAUUCAAUUUCAUGUUUGUUCAAGCACAAACAAACUCACACGGAUGAGAGACCAUUCUCUUGUGAGACAUGUGCUAAGUGUUUUCUACAUCGUUCAGAUUUGAUGGACCACAUGAGAACUCACAUAUGGGAGAAGCCUUAUUCUUGUGAAACAUGCGGAAUGUCUUUUCAUUCAAAUUCAUGCUUGAUUAAGCACAAACAAACUCACACAGGUUGCCACAUUUGUAAGAAAUGUUUUACAUUUAAAAGUUACUUGAUGAACCACAUGAGAACUCACACAGGGGAGAAGCCUUAUUCUUGUGAAACAUGCAGAAUGUGUUUUGUGCAAAGUUAAGAAUUGAAAGAGCACAAGAUAAUUCACUCAGGUGAG